ACGUUUUACGGGAAUGGGAGGAUGCCAUAAACAUGACUGUCUUAUCUGCACGUUAUAUGCAUCAGUUUGUUUCACCACACUUUGCCUGUUGGAGAUUUCAAGUCUAGGCAAGAGACAAUUAUCGCAGGUUUAACCGCAACGUUGACCAGAACAUUGUCAGAUGGCACUAUCAGAGUGGAUCUGUGUGGUGACUGGUGCUUCCAGAGGAAUCGGAAGAGGUAUCGCCCUUCAGUUAUCUGAGGCUGGCGCUACCGUGUACAUCACUGGUCGACAAGAGAAAACUUUGAAGCAAGCAGCAGCUGAGGUGACAGAGAGAGGAGGCCGGUGUAUCCCAGUGAUCUGUGACUCAUCUAAAGAGGAUGAAAUUAAGGAGCUGUUCGAACGUGUCCAGCGUGAGCAAAAUGGCAGACUUGACUUAUUAGUGAAUAAUGCCUAUGCGGGUGUGCAGGCUAUUUUCGACAACAUGAACAAGAAGUUCUGGGAGGUGGAUCCUGAUAUUUGGGACACCAUCAAUAACACCGGACUCAGAGGUCACUAUUUCUGCUCAGUGUAUGCUGCACGGAUGAUGGUGGCUCAGGGCAAGGGUUUGAUUGUGUUCAUAUCAUCCAUGGGUGGUAUGCGCUAUAUCUUUAAUGUACCUUAUGGGGUCGGCAAAGCUGCGUGUGACAGAAUGGCAGCGGACAUGGCAAUAGAGCUGAAGAAGAGAGGUGUGGUUUCUGUAAGCCUCUGGCCAGGGGCAGUUCAGACUGAGUUAAUUAAUCAGUAUAUGUCUCAGGGUGAGGCUCCUCCAGGUUUUGAUCCAAAAUUCAAGGAAGUGUUCAUUAAUGGUGAGACGACAGAGCUUAGUGGACGAUGCAUAGUUGAGCUGGCCAAAGAUAAAAGUCUGAUGUCGAUGACUGGGCAAGUGUUGAUGACCUGUGACCUCGCUCGCCGCUAUGGACUCAAGGAUGUUGAUGGUCGCAGUGUAGUGGACUACACGUCUCUGAAGUUUAUACUUUCCCAGGUACCUUAUAUGUCCUGGAUGUCCAUCUUCACUCCUUCAUUCAUCAGAGUGCCUCGUUCCAUGCUGGGUCUUGGCAGUGGCAAAUUCUAACAUAUCUCAGAGAAGAGACAGUGCCUAUUUUUGCAAUCCUGUAAUUUUUAAAAAAUUAUGUUGUUUCUAAAAUGAUCAUAAUGUCCAUUUUUACAAAUGAGUAAAGCACUGAUUAAAAUUCUAGUAGCUGAGUCUAGAAGACACUUAAUGCACAAUUCAUAUUAGCUUAUUAGUAUGCUAGUAUUGUCACAAUAAUUAAUAUACUGGUAUGUUGAUAUACUGCUCUAGAUGAAUGUAUACUUACCAAACGAGUUAUUGCAAUAAACACUGACAUUUUACAA